AUGUCGGGGUUCGGCAACCAAUUCGAGAGCGAGGCGCUGCCCGGCGCGCUGCCCGCGGGGCGCAACAACCCGCGCGUGUGUCCGUACGGGCUGUACGCGGAACAGUUGACCGGGACCGCGUUCACCGCUCCGCGCAAGGAGAACCAGCGCAGCUGGUUGUACCGCAUUAAACCGUCCGUUACCCACCAGCCGUUCACCCCGUGCCCACCGCACCGCAGCAACCCUCUUCUCGUGAGCGACUUUUCUGCCGGCAGCUCUGCAAGCGAGGCAACACCGAACCAGCUGCGCUGGCGCGCCAUGCCUGUGCCGGGCCUGGAGGUUCGGCAGGUGGACUGGGUGCAGGGCCUGGUUACCGUGUGCGGGAGUGGCGGCGCUGCAGAUAAGACGGGCUUUGCCAUUCACAUGUAUGCAGCCAACAGCAGCAUGGAGCGAUGUGCAUUCGCCAAUGCGGACGGGGACUUGCUCAUUGUUCCGCAGCACGGCCGCCUGUGGGUGACAACAGAGUUUGGGCUGCUAGCAAUCCACCCGGGCGAGAUAGCAGUGGUGCAGCAGGGGGUGCGCUUCGCAGUGCAUCUGCCUGACGGCCCCUCUCGGGGUUAUGUGUGCGAGGUGUUCGGGGGGCACUUUCAACUGCCAGACCUCGGUCCAAUAGGUGCCAAUGGGUUGGCCAACCCACGUGAUUUCCAGACGCCCACCGCAUGGUUCGAGAAUGGUGCCGCUCCUGCUGGGUCGGUUGCGGUGCAGAAUGGUGGAGACAGGGUGGUGCAGAGCGGUGGAGGGGGGUUCAUGGUGGUGCACAAGUUUGCAGGGCGGCUGUUUGAGGCAAGGCAGGACUUUUCACCCUUCAAUGUGGUGGCAUGGCAUGGCAACUACGUCCCUUACAAGUACGACCUGACUCGCUUCUGCCCCAUGAACGCCGUCGCAUUCGACCAUCCCGACCCAUCCAUCUUCACAGUGCUCACCUGCCCCACCACCCGCCCCGGCGUUGCAGCCGUAGACUUUGUGCUCUUCCCGCCGCGCUGGGCCGUGGCGGAGGGCACGUUCCGCCCGCCCUACUUCCACCGCAACUGCAUGAGCGAGUUCAUGGGGCUUAUAACGGGGACGUACGAGGCCAAGGCAGAGGGAUUUGAGCCAGGGGGAGCAAGCCUGCACAGCUGCAUGACGCCCCACGGCCCUGACACUGCCACCUUUGAGCGGGCCGUGGCAGAGGAGGGCGACAGCAAGCCGGAACAAGUCCACAAGGGGUCGCUGGCGUUCAUUCUCCUCGGCCCAGUCACUCCCCUCCUAUGCUUUCCUCCACUGACAGCCCCCCCAAUCUUCUCCCUUCCCUUCUCCACUCCUGUCUCCUCACCCUUCUCCCCCCCCAUCUCCCCAUCAAUUCCCCUUCCUUCCUCUAACGGCCCGCCACUGUCAUUUCUAGCAGCUUCUCCUCCCUUCUCCAAUGGGCUCCCACUCUUAUUGGACGCGUCUGGUGAUUUUGAAGUGGUGUUUCCUGAGAAGCAUGAAGAGGUUGAAUGCGGAGUUGGAGGGAUAAGAGGAAUGGGGAAAGAGGGAGGUGGAGUUGAAUGGGGGGUGGAAGAGGGAGGUGGUGUUGAAUGGGGGGUGGAAGAGGGAGGUGGUGUUGAAUGGGGGGUGGAAGAGGGAGGUGGUGUUGAAUGGGGGGUGGAAGAGGGAGUUGGAGAAGAAGGGUGGUGCUGUGCUGUUUGA